CCGACGCCGGGACCCCCGAGCCGGAGCGCGCCGGCCGCCAGCCAGACUCGGCGCGCCCAGAGCCUCUUCUCCGCACAGGGAAGCCCCCACACCCGAAGCCAAGAUGUCCAGCAAGCGGGCCAAGGCCAAGACCACCAAGAAGCGGCCACAGCGGGCCACAUCCAAUGUGUUCGCCAUGUUUGACCAGUCCCAGAUCCAGGAGUUUAAGGAGGCUUUCAACAUGAUCGACCAGAACCGCGAUGGCUUCAUUGACAAGGAGGACCUGCAUGACAUGCUGGCUUCCCUGGGGAAGAACCCCACGGACGAGUACCUGGAGGGCAUGAUGAGCGAGGCGCCGGGCCCGAUCAACUUCACCAUGUUCCUCACCAUGUUUGGGGAGAAGCUGAACGGCACAGACCCCGAGGACGUGAUCCGCAACGCCUUCGCCUGCUUCGACGAGGAGGCCUCAGGCUUCAUCCAUGAGGACCACCUCCGGGAGCUGCUGACCACCAUGGGUGACCGCUUCACAGACGAGGAGGUGGACGAGAUGUAUCGUGAGGCCCCCAUCGACAAGAAAGGCAACUUCAACUAUGUGGAGUUCACGCGCAUCCUCAAGCAUGGAGCCAAGGACAAGGACGAUUAGGCCACCCCUUGCCUGGCCCCGCCCCUCCCCCCCCCCCCCCCCCGCCACCCUCCCCCACACACACACUGAGGACCAAGGGGCCUGGCCUGGCUCCUGCUAGAGAGCACACAGUCAGGCGGAGACUGGGCCCCAGACCCCAGAAGGGAGCCUCACACCCCCGCCCGGCCCAUCGCCUGGAGCUGAGCCAAGGGAAGCACUGGGAGGCGCUAAGGGCCUCCAGAGAGGCCGCCUCAGACUCACGAGGCCGGACCCGGGGCCUGGCACCGGAUGCCAUGCCAUUCCCCACGGGCUCCCCCAACACGCUCACUGCGGCCCCUCAGGGCGCAGCAGCCGCUCCCCUGCGCUGUCCUGCGCAGAGCAUGCGGGGGAGGGGGCACUGAGGGGGCUUGUUUGAAAUACACAGCUGAGCACCGCC